CGCUUGUUCAGGACUUUUCUUCCAGGCCGGGAUUGCUCCUCGUUCGUCCCGGGCGCUGCCUCUGUCGGUCCUGCCUGUUGGGUCCAUGAUGCGACGCUUGGGCUCCGUGCAGCGGAAAAUGCCCUGUGUGUUUGUGACGGAGGUGAUAGACGAACCCUCGGCCAAAAGGGAACACCAGCCAUUUAAAGUUUUGGCAACUGAAACUCUAAGCAACAAAGCAGUAGAUGCAGAUAUACACAGUGCAAUUCCAACAGAAAAAGUGGAUGGAACAUGUUGUUAUGUUACUACCUACAAAGAUAAGCCAUACCUUUGGGCUCGACUAGACAGAAAACCCAACAAACAAGCUGAAAAAAGAUUUAAAAAUUUUCAACAUUCCAAAGAGAACACAAAAGAAUUUCUUUGGAAUGUGGAAGAGGAUUUCAAACCUGUCCCAGAGUGCUGGAUCCCAGCAAAGGAAAUAGAACAACUGAAUGGGAAUCUGGUGCCUGAUGAAAAUGGACACAUUCCUGGUUGGGUACCAGUAGAGAAAAACAGCAAACAGUAUUGCUGGCAUUCCUCUGUAGUUAAUUAUGAAUUUGAAGUUGCCUUGGUACUAAGGCAUCAUCCUGAUGAGCCUGAAGUUUUGGAAAUAAGUGCAGUGCCACUCUCAGAUCUCUUAGAGCAAACCCUGGAGCUUGUAGGAACAAAUGUGAAUGGAAACCCAUAUGGGUUAGGAAGCAAGAAACAUCCCUUGCACUUUCUUAUACCACAUGGAGCAUUUCAAAUAAGAGAUAUGCCUGCCCUGAAUCACAGCGACCUCUUGUCCUGGUUUGAAGGUUGCAGAGAGGGUAAAAUUGAAGGAAUUGUAUGGCACUGCAGUAAUGGCUGUUUAAUUAAGGUCCAUCGCCAUCACCUUGGUUUAUGCUGGCCAAUUUCCGAGACUUACAUGAAUUCAAAACCAGUUACUGUCAACAUGAACCUGAACAAAUAUCACUAUGCUUUCGAUACUAAAUGUCUGUUCAAUCAACUUUCAAAAAUAGAUAAACAGAAAUUUGGUAGGCUCAAAGAUAUAAUACUCGAAAUAUAAAAUGGAAAUACAAUUAAAAUUAACUUUGUAUUGAGAUCUUGAAUAUUCUGCUACGUUUUCAAAGCUCCUAUCUCUCUGGAAAACAUACGAGGGUCUUCCACCAUUCAAAGAAGUUACAUAUUCAAAUAUUUAUUUAAAUCCACAGAUUAAUUUUAACCUCUAUACAGAAAAAUAUAGUGAUCAGUAAACCUGUACAAAGGCUUAACCUUAUAAUUUAAUGUAUAUAAAUGUCAAUGCAUCCAUAUUUUAUUAUUAUAGAUAGGAUCUGAGAAUCUUAACACAUACAUAAAUUAAGAAUAUAUAAAACUCCAAUUUUUUUUCUCCUCAUACUUUUAAAACCUAAGACAUUAUGAAUGUAGACAAAUUUGGAUAGUUCACUGCCUGUUUUAUGGCUAUAACUUAUUCUGAAGUCUUCAAAUUUUUUAAUUCUAAUUACUAAAACUCCCAUUUAAGUCAAGGUAUAAGGUAUUGAGAAGGAAAUUCUCUACUUCAAAACCUGAUUUAACUUAUAAAACAAAUAAAACUA